ACUCCAUCUUUUUCUGGCCUUCGACCUUCGAUUUAUCUAAGAGAUUAUAUCCUAGAGACAAGGGCUAGGUAGUUAUCGCAGAGAUUUCACCGCAGUAUAAUGUGCGUUCCCGGUUGGGCGGCGUGUCUUUUUAUCGCUUGUCUCGUCAGUGAAAUAAGCUGUGAGUGCAGGAUCUUCCCGCGAGAUGCGAAGGAAAGCAGAGGAAAUUUAAACCUCCAAAUCAAAGGGAACGCUGAAUAUUUUAUCCCGAGAACACGGUACACAGUGGAAUUAAAUAGUAAAGUCCCGUUCGAUGAUUUUAUGAUAUUCGUGGAAACGGAUCGAGAUGCUGGCAAUUUUCAGUUGCUCAACGAUGGCUACACCAAAUUCUCCGAUGAGUGUCUUAACACCGUCCAAAAGAGCGAUAUUUUCUCGGAAGCCACCCAAGUGAAGGCUGUCUGGGUCUCGCCGAUGCACGGCUGUCAUAAUUUAAUCGGGGUUGUGAAAAUAGGCGGCAGGUGGAAGUACACCAACACAUCGAUUUGCGCUAAGGUCGAGAGUCAGAAUGAUGAGAAAAGCUGCUGUCCGUGCGACCACGCCAAGUACCAGUUUCUAUUUGAAGGGUUGUGGUCACCAGAGCGACAUCCGAAAGAUUUCCCCCGUGUGUUGGAAUUCACCCAUUUUUCCGACUUGAUAGGGGCGUCCCACACCCCCAAGUUUACGAUGUGGAGAGAAGGUGGAUACUCGACACCCGGGAUGAAACAACUGGCCGAAUUCGGGGUCAUUUCUGAAAUGGAAGUCGAACUGAAAAGAUCUGGGAAACACUUGAAAAGUUUAAUUAAAUCCGCAGGGCUUUGGUAUCCAAAUUUAAACGGAAACAUGACUGGAACGUUCAGAGUCGACGCCAAGCACCAUUUGGUUUCUCUGGCCUCCAUGUUCGGCCCUUCACCGGACUGGAUCGUCGGAGUAUCUUCGCUCGAUCUUUGCUCUAAACAGUGCACAUGGAAGGAAAAAAUAGAAUUGGACCUUUAUCCUUACGAUGCUGGAACGGACAAUGGUAUUUCUUAUAUGAGCAUAAAGUCGGCUUCGGAACCACAGGAGCGAAUAAGCAAAAUAACGAGCUCCUACCCCGACGACCAACGAUCUCCGUUUUACGACCCCGAAGGGAAGGAGAUGCCCUCGUUGGCGAAGUUGGUUAUCACCCAAGAAAAGAUCAUACCAAAAUUGUGCUCGGACCUAUCGGAAAAUGAACUGCUCGAAGAGAUUUCAAUCACUGACAACAGCGAGGAUGGAAAUAGAGCGGAAUGCCAGGUGACUGAAUACUCAUCGUGGAGUUCCUGUUCUGUAACAUGUGGAAAAGGUCUUCGGAUGAGAUCCAGACAAUACCAAAAUCCCGAUGCCGCUCUUGCGGCCGACUGCAAACGUCAGCUCAUAUCAAAAGAAAUGUGCGUCGGCGAACCCGAGUUAUGCCCGGGAGACGAGGAAGACAAGCUGGUGUUCGUGCCUGGAGAAUGCGACGUGACGACCUGGUCGAACUGGACCGAGUGCAGCGUCACCUGCGGCAUAGGGAGCAAAUUGAGAAAACGACAAUUCAAAAAGGCCGACGACAGCAACUUUAAAAAAUGUUCGGACAUCGCGUUGAUGGAAGUCACGAAAUGUAUGCUUCCGCCUUGCUUCGCCAACGAAAAGAAGAAUCGAAGAGAGUGCAGUGUCAACGAAUGGAGCCUUUGGAGCACCUGCACCAAGACCUGUGGAAAAGGCGAAAUGAUCCGCGUAAGGUCUUUUGUCAACAGCCCUGCCCCGAGCUUCUGCUCUUCCGUCACCCUCAAAGAGGUUCUCCCUUGCAUCGACAACCCAGAAUGCACAAUAGAGAAAAAAGACAUCCAAGAAAUUUGUUCUUCGCCAGCUGAAAAUGGGCCUUGUCGUGCGACUCUCAUGAGAUGGGCUUACAACAAGAAUAAAGAAACGUGCGAGAAAUUCAUUUACGGAGGUUGCAGGGGAAACCGAAACAAUUUCCUGACCCUGGACGAGUGCCAGAACACAUGCUCUGAAGUGAGACAGCCGGACAGUCAACCGAGUGGACCAAAGAGGAAUUGCGUCGUCAGCAACUGGACAUCCUGGAGCCCUUGCCGCCCUUGCGUCAAUGGGACGAAAACCAAAGUCAGGAAAAUAGUCAAGCGACCGCUCAACGGUGGUAGGAAAUGUCCACCCCUGACAAAGACCAUAUCGUGCAACGUGCCUCCAGAAUUCUGUGAAUGACGUUCUUUUAUUCAUUAAUAAUUCUUUAUUAUGCAUAAUAUUAGUAUGUUGUCUUUAAACAUUAAUAAUUCUAGUAGGAUGUUAGUUAUUAGUGGACAACUUUAUUGUCAUAUUGAACUAUUUAAAUAGUUUGUAAUAAUUUACUAUUUGUAAAGACAAAAUGGUGUGUUAUGAAAAUGCCAUUCGAUAGCUUUAAGAGGUGGUGAAAAGCUUGAAUUGUCUCACCUCUAAUUUCAUUAUUAUUAAUUUUAAUCAUUGUAUUAACGUUUCAUUUUAUCGUUCAAUAAAAUGUACUGAAAACAA